CCUACUGCCCCACCACCACCUUCUUUACACAUAGCAAUGUAUCCAUGGUUUGCCAUGGGUCACCAAACUGCAUUUCUCCACCUGUGUAACAAGUUAGCCAAAAGAGGCCACAAAAUCUCAUUCUUCACACCCAAAAGAGCACAAGCCAAGUUAGAGCCAUUCAAUCUCCGUCCAAAUCUCAUCACCUUUGUCCCCAUAACUGUUCCUCAUGUUGAUGGCCUUCCCCUUAAUGCAGAAACCACUGCAGAUGUACCUUACCCUUUACAACCCCAUAUCAUGACAGCCAUGGAUCUAACCAAACAUGACAUAGAAACUCAUCUUUCAAACCUUAAACCAGACAUUGUUUUUUAUGAUUUCACACAUUGGAUGCCAUCACUGACCAAGAGUUUAGGUAUCAAGGCUAUUCAUUAUUGUACUGCUAGUUCUGUUAUGGUAGGUUACACUCUUACCCCAUCAAGAUAUUUUCAAGGAGAAAACUUAACAGAAAAAGACCUUAUGGAACCUCCCUCAGGGUACCCUGAUUCAUCUAUCAAGCUUCAUGCACAUGAAGCACGUGUCUUUGCUGCUAAAAGGAAAGAUGUGUUUGGAGGUAAUGUUCUUUUCUAUGAUCGCCAAUAUAUUGCAAUAAGUGAAGCGGAUGCUUUGGGAUACAGAACUUGUAGAGAGAUUGAAGGGCCUUAUCUUGAUUACAUAGAAAAAGAGUUUAAGAAGCCUGUGAUUGCUUCAGGACCAGUUAUUCUAGAGCCACCAAGUACUAGUUUGGAAGAGAAAUGGACUUCAUGGCUUGGAAGCUUCAAACCAAACUCAGUUAUUUACUGUUGUUUUGGAAGUGAAUGCACUUUGCAGCCAAAUCAGUUUCAAGAAUUGUUGCUUGGUCUUGAGCUUACUGGCAUGCCAUUCUUAGCAGCUUUGAAACCCCCCUUUGGGUUUGGUUCUGUUGAAGAAGCAUUGCCUGAGGGGUUUGGAGAGAGGGUUCAAGGAAGAGGGAUUGUGCAUGGUGGAUGGGUUCUGCAGCAAUUGAUUUUGGAACACCCUUCUGUUGGGUGCUUCAUUACACAUUGUGGAUCAGGUUCUUUGUCAGAGGCAUUGGUGAAUAAGUGUCAAUUGGUUUUGUGUCCAAAUGUUGGUGACCAGAUUCUCAAUGCAAGGAUGAUGGGAAACAACUUGCAAGUUGGGGUUGAAGUGGUGAAAGGUGAAGAUGGAAUGUUCACAAAGGACAGUGUCUGCAAAGCUGUGAGCAUUGUGAUGGAUGAUGAGAAUGAAACCAGCAGAAAAGUCAGAGAAAACCAUAGUAAAAUCAGAGAUAUGUUGCUCAACAAAGAUUUAGAGUCCUCUUAUAUUGACAAUUUCUGCAAGAAGCUUCAAGAGAUUGUUGAGGAAAAGAAUACCAGUACUUUUGGUAGUAAUUAA